ACUUUUAGCAAGUUGUGAGCGGCUUCUUUGAAGGUGGUGAUGAGAGACGAAAGAAAAAGGGUUAAGGAUCAGGAAGGUCAGUACUGCUAGAGGGUCCUGAUAUAACUGUGCUCAUGUCCAGUCACUGAGAUCUUAUGCAAAUAGAUUAUAAUCUCUUAUGUUGAAUUCGGACUAAUAUUUAGGAAUUGACUAGUUACGUGGAUGUAUUAUGCGUCUCAGUAUCACUUCACGUUAAAUAUCAAUGAUAGUGGAUCCGAGAAACGUGAUAGUAGACGUCCUUUAACUGUUCGAGAUGUGAGUUUAAUUCGCUUGGCAAAGAAUGGGGAUUUGGAUUCAAUCAAACAAAUGAUAAAGGAAGGAGUAAACAUAAACGAGCAAGAUGAAACAGGUUGGACUGUAUUGCACGAAGCAUGUGUGCGGAACCUUCCACGUAUGGUUGAUUAUUUGCUACGACAUGGAGCUGAUCCUAGUAUCUCAAACAUAAACGGUGAAAUGGCACUUCAUUGUGCUGCGCGAGUAGGAUGUCUGCGUAUUGUUCGAGCGCUCAUAUACUACAACGCCGACCCUUUGGUAUCGAACCAUAGGGGUGAGAAACCUUUGGACUUGUGUCAUGACCCUGAGGUAUCCAGUUUUCUCAAACAACAUACUGAAACUAACCAAUCACACAUGUUAACAUCGUCUGGUUCUGGGAAAUCAUCACAUUUGAAAGUUCGCCAACAUGCACACGGUACAAAACAUCUGAUGUCUUCUUUUUCUGGUACGACAAUAUCCAGUUCUACUGAAUAUUAUGGUGGUGGGGGUAAAGAUAACAGUAGUAUAGCAAGUCCAUCGAAUGUUUGUUCAGACUCAGAAGAUGAUGGUCAUUCGCAUUCAGGUCUGAGUAUAACUGCCAAUACAUCUCACCAUAAUAUUAGUCCUAUUAAUACUAACCAGCAGUUAGAUUUGAAUUGCUUAUCAUCUACCGGUCAUCAUAACCAUCCAACAUCUAGCCCAUCAUUGUCGUCUGUACCCAAAUCCGUAACUGAUGUGCACAUCUCUUCAGCAAAGUCAUUGAAGAAAGAUCCCUACGCGUUUGAAGAUGAUGAGAAUGAUGAGACGGUGAACAAUUCUGGGAACUCACUACUUCAUUCUGCGUCUGGUGUUAAUAAUAGUAAUAAUACCAAUACACAGGCAACAGGACACAUUGGAGUUCAUUCUGGUUGUGGUGUUAGUGUUGGUGCUCCAGCCAAUUUGAAUAAGUCAACUUCUUCCAAUUCUACCAUUUCUUCUUCUUCUACUACUACUAUUACCACCACCACCACUACUACUACUACUUCUGUCAAUACAAAUACGAAUACUAGUCCAAAUAGUAAUAUCAGCCUUGGUAGUAUUGAUUCACUUUCAAAGCACACACGCCAACUGUCUUCUUCCAAUUUGUCAACAACUGUGGAGUGUGGAAAUACCACUUUGGAUAGUAAUAACGAUAAUACAUUGACGACAUUGACUGGUACAAACAAUAGUGCUCUUACUACAACUGCUGCUCCCAAUAAUAGUAGCAAUUACACAACUAGUAACAACAACUGUGCUAGUAUUGGUGGGCCUCCGCUUCGGCUUCGUUUUGCAAAAGAAGCCGGUCAAUAUACUUUGAUGGAACAUCAACAACAACAGAUUGAUUUAUCCCUUUCGAAUUGUGAUGCAAAUCUUGUUCCUUCAUCAAGUGGAAUUAUUUGUACACCAACUGAAGCAUCUCAUGUCACUGUCAUUAGUGAUAGCGACAACGAUAACAAGAACAUGAAUUUUCAAAUGGAUAUUGAUAACAAUAAUAAUAAUAAUAGUAGCGGUAAUGUCAGUAAUGAGCAUAACUCAAAUAUGGGUACAUCGAUGACGAUAAAAAGUGAGCCAAUCACCGUAUCAGGUGAUGAAGAAUUGAAUCAUGUGUCUACAUCAUGCCAUUCAGAGUCAUCAGGAGGCGAAGAAAUCUCGGCACAGAAGGUUCCUCCUUUACGCAUAAAAUUUGCUUCGGGUACUUCUGGAGAUGAGUCAUCAUCAAUGACGUCGUCGUGCAUGUCAGUCGGAGCAACUGGUGGUGGAUUGGCAAUUCAUCCUAUCAAUAAUGUGGAGAAUAAUUCGACUAAUGAGUCGAAUAUGAAUGAUAAAUGCGACGUGAAACCUCGUGUAUCUGAUGAUGGUUUGAUGACUGUGAAUAACAAAAGUGAUGGUAAAGAGGUUGGAGUCACUGUCACUUCUCUGGUUUCGACGAGUGUCGUUUCAUUGAAUACUCCAGUUCCUGACAAAGUUUCAUGUUCAAUCGUGGAGAAUAUUGGCGACGGUAACAGCGGCAGUAGUACUACUACCACCAUUACUGCUACCUGCACUACCGAAACUGUCCACGAUCAAUAUUCUAGCUACCAUGAGAAGUUAUCUAAGUCUUGUGAUCAUGUUGUUGCAACGAAUGUACACCAUGUCGAAUCGAGUACAGAGUUGUCCAUAUCUUGUACUCCCCCAUCAACAUGUAUCACUAGUGCUGGGAUGAACACUAGUGUGAAUAUUACGAGUGGUGUUAACACUGUUGAGAUGAACAGCAAUCGUAGUAAUGCAAGUAAUGCUAAUCGGGUGAAGAUGGAUAAUAUGCUGGAGACAAGUGAGUGUCAUGGAAAGAGUGGCAAUAAUAAUAGUAAUAAUAAUCAUAACAACAACAACCACACGCACAAUCGAAGUAAUAAUACGAAUAAUGGUAAUCGAGAAGUGUCGAAAGAUACUCAUCGACAUCGUAGUGGGCGUACAUUACGUUCACAUACAGCUGCUCAACGUGAAAAAGAAGAGAAGGAACGUCACACGGAUGACGCUACUCCGAUUAAGAAGCGUAAACUUCGUUCUCGUUCGGAUACUGUGACAAAUCAUGAGAAUAUCAGUCACCAGAGUCGUAGUGGUGGUGGAAUUGGGACAGCAAAUGCAAAUAAUUCACCUGUAACAACUGUUCAUGCUGGUUCGUCAACUGAAUCUUCUAAUGUGUCGUUGUCUUCAAAUGCUGUUGCAAACAUGGAUGUGAUUGAAGAUACACAUGGUUGUUCAACUGUGACUGCUUCUUCUCAAAGUGACAGUUAUAUGGAUAAUGAAGAGAAGAAGGUGUCUGUCGGGAGCUCUCAGUCUACAGUGCUGACGGAUAAAGAUACUACUGAUGUGCAUAUGACUUGUGUUUCUGAAAUGGAAGGAGGACAUUCUGUUUCAUCGUCUACCACCACUUCUUCUUCUACUAAUACUGCUGCUAGUACUACCACUCAUACUCCUACUCCUACUACUACUACUACUACUACCACUACUGACAAUGAUAACAGCAACAAAAUGGAAGUGGAUGGGAAACCAGAGAUGUGUGGAACUGCUGUGUCAGUUGUGACAUUGAAUAUGGAUGGAUCGAAUGAUGUGAAUGUCGUGUCAUCAGUCUCCGAAGUAGGAGUGACGACGGUGGUAACAACAACAGUAGGUGUAGCAGGAAUAGCAACAUCAACUCCAUCAUCAUCGUCAUUAGUGGAACAGAUAGGUGGAUGCUAUAGUGAAGCAGAUUGUGAUAUGAGUUAUUUAUUUUGUCCCUCUGCUCCUGGAGAUGAAGAUCGUAAAGAUGUUGAGUUGUUGAAAUUUCAAAAUCCAUAUGACAAAGCUGCUGAACUGAACAAGAAUUUGCGUGAACUUGUCAAUAAUCUGGUGAAGGUCCAUCCGAAAGCACCUUGUGGUUAUCAAGAUUACCUGUUGGUUACUCGUAAUUACCUAUUGGCUAAUCAACUCUCAUUUGCUACAUAUGUGAAACGUUCAGCACCGAGUCAUUUGGAAGCGACGUUUGUGGAAUUAUUCAAUGAACAAGAAGAAGAACGCUAUGCUCAGGCAUUGAAACACCAAUCAGAAAGAGAACACUUACAACUGGGCGCAGAACAAGCUGUUUUACGUGCUCAAACACGUGGUGCUUUAGCAGUGGCCAAUCAAUCGAAACCAUAUUCGUUUUGUUCAAUAUUAUCCUAUAAUGAUUUGACGUAUAUUCCACCAGUUGGGAAAUUAGAGAAUCGAGAAGAAGAGAAUAUACGCGAUCGUUUCACCCCUCGUACAUUUAUCGGUUGGCUUCAAGACAUUAUCGAUACAUUUCAGAAUGAAAAGAAGAAAUUACUCUGUCGACAACUUCAUGAGGCUGAGUCACUAAUGAUGGUGCAGAAACUUGAUUGGGAAAUGAAAACGCGUGAAACAUUGGCGUCGAAUAUCGAUUGUAUUGGUGUUGUGGAUGUAUUCAAAGACAUUCCAGCUAAUUAUGUUCCACUAAUCCCAGUGCCUAAUGAUUUUCCACUAUUCGCUCAUGAUCCGGUACAUCGAACGACAACGACUACUACAACAACAGCUGCGCCGGUGGCGGCGGCGACGACAAUGUCAACCACACCGAGUACUUCGAUCCCCAUCACCCCUACUACCAACACCAACACACACACCGCUGUCAAUAAUAGCCCAACGGUAUCAGCAACGACAACUACGCUGACUAACAACUCAUGAUUGAUAUGAUGAAGGGGACUUGUUGUUUUCAUUUUCUUAGUGAUGACAUUUAUGCAUUUUGUCAUACUUCUCCUUUCUUAGCUUUGAUUUGAUUUUGCCUUCUCAUCUCAACAAAAACAGCCGGCAAACUACUGACAUUCUACUUCUUCAUCCUCCUCAUCACAUUGACUUUGUGUUUGUGUGUGACUGUUUGUUUGUGUACAUACUUUGUGUGUUGAUGGAUUGACUAAUUUUUUAAUGAUUUUCUGUUGUCAUUAUCUUUGUCCUCGUCAGUAUUUGUGGGAUAUUAAUAUGUCUACUGAAUGUGUAUCUGGUAGAUUGAUGAUGAUGAACAGUUCGUGUAUAUGUGUGUGUGUGUUGGAGUUUUAUUUCUGUGUUGUGGUGAAACUGUCUUUAUGAUGUAAUUUGCCAGUGUCAGUAUGACUGGUAACAAUAAUCUUUGUUAAUUUUACUAUGAUUUGUAUAGCUUCUUUAUUUAUGUAUUCAGCCACUUAUUUGCGUAAUUAAUUAAAUGCAUAUGUUUAUGUACCUGAAUUAUGUAAGUAAAUAUAUUUAUUUUUUCUUUGGAAUAGUGGGGUUUUCCCCUCAUCUAAAUGAUACAGUAUGGUGUCCAAGUUUGAAAAUGUAGCGGAUUUGAAAUCCUACGAUUUUCUCUCAAAUUGUUUUAAUAUCGCUGUUUAUUUGGGUGUUUGUCAUCGUUAGACAAAACUGUUGGUACUAAGCCGUGGGAAAUGUUUGAGGGUAUGCUUGUACGUGACUGUAGUGUCCAGUAUCGGUAUACACAUUUGAUUAAGACAUUUGUGCAAGCGUCUGGGAUUUUCUAGAUGUCCAUAAACCAAAGUUCUAGACAAUAAUAUUUGGUGUGUUGUUGUGUUUCAGAUUGGUGGUUCUCCUUGUUGAUGUUGUUGUUAAGAUGGAAUUUAUUUUAGGGGGAAUGAUUUUUCAGUUGACGAGUAUAGGAAGAGUGACUUAGAAACGUGCAUGUUUUAAUAACUAAUCAUUAAAAAUAAUAUUAAAGACUUUAGAAGGAUGUAAUAAAAUGAAAUAGCCGUUCGUUACAAUAAAGUGUUAGCUGCAUGAAAGAAUGAUGGAUUUCGUGUUUCUCCUUUGCCCACAGAUUUCACUUUCGAGAAGAUGGAUUGCUUGUGCUUCUGCAGUGUUUAUGUUAAUAAUUACCGCUGAUAUCGAGCCAAAUCUUUUGGCAGUUCAGAUAAUUUGAAAGAACAUACCAAGUAAGGCGAUGUGACUGAAGUUCACAGAUUGUUUUAAUAUUGAAGUGUUGAUUGUUUUACGUUAACCUUCCGUAAGCUACUCAGGAUUAUGUUUGGAGAUAGGUGUGGGAGCGCUUGCUUUGUGUGGCCGAUGUAACCUGUUUCAUAAGAGCAGGUGAAUUUCUAAACGGAUUGACGUGACCCAAUAUGAGGAUUUAUCCUUGACACAUCGACGGAUGAUGGGACGGUUGGAAAAGACAAUUCGAAGCUUGGUGGUAUGGAAAGCUUUCCCGGAGAUUUCUGUAGGUGAUUCAUCAAAAUUUCCACAGUAAUGUUUCCCUUGAACUUGAUUUUCAUGGAGAGAGUUUUCCCAGGAACGGUGUGAGACCUUGUAGAUUGUAAUCUAGGUCUGAUGUACCGGUCAACAAACCUGAAUGGAUAGCCGUUCUUAAGAAAUAUUUGUCGAGUUUGGCUAGUUUAUCGUCUAUCAUAUUAUCCGAGCAUUUUCACUUAACCGUUGAUGAUAAAGAUUGAAUUAGUUUUCUCUUUCUAUUUAAAGGGAUCCAGCCGUAACUAUUGGUAUAUAAUCCAUUCCAAGUUGGUUUUCGUUAUAUCGACCUUCCGUAAUGUACCAUCUUGUCUUCUAUUUAAUGAAACAUCGAGGAAAUGAAAUUUUGAUUCGAAUGUAAAUUUGAUGUAUUUAGGGCAACUACUGAAUGUUAUUUUAUUUAUUUAUUUUAACACAUAG